UGAUUUAGGAAGUGUAGAGUGUUAACAAAAGAGACUUUUUGUUUGUUAUUUUGGCCUUGUCUGCCCCUGACGCUAACCCCAACUUGUUAAUAAACUAUUGUUAUUCAACUUCUCUCUGGUCCUGAGACUCUCUUCCUUUUCCUGUUACGGCUGACCCCUAGACGGUCGUAACAGAAAUUGGGGGCUCGUCUUUAAAAGGAGUUUUUCCCCACAUAAACCAAUUGGAGUUUUCAGUUUGCGUGUUAGUAAAAAACAAACUCAUGAAAUUUGCUUUGUAUGUUUUUGUUUGGCUAGUGGUUUUCACUUUAAGGGGGAGCGAAUUCGGUAUGUCCUCAAAAUUUGAAUUGGAAAAGUUCGCAAUUCAGCCUACUGCUGAACAAUUAGAUAUUUGUCGCAAAGAUGAUCUGUUUUCAGUUGCUGAUUUAUAUCAAAUUACAGUUCCUCGUGGUGCAGUGAAGCGAGAGAUCAGGGAUGUGAUCUAUAAGCAUUUGGUGGAAAAUGGAGUUUUGCCAGAGGUGAGUGAAGCGGGUGUUGCAGAGUUGCCAGUUUCUGUGGGUAAGGGGGCGGAGCAUCCCAAACCCGAGGAGAUGGCCAGCAUGGAUCCCGUCGAUCUCCCUUUUCCGAGCGAUCCUCGGUUGGCAAUCAAACUAAAGGAGUUAGAGUUGGAGUUGAGCAGGCAACAAUAUCAAAGCCAGCUGCUGCAUGUUCGCACAGUUGAGCUUGAAACUAAGCGAGCAAUUAAGCUCAAAGAAUUAGAGCUUGAGCUCAAAACUAAAUCACCUGUUCACCCCUCAGCUGCUGAUGUGCCUGGUGUGAGGGUGUCUGUGUCGUCACCCAUCAGUGCUUCCACUCCAAGUCCCAUUCCUGCACCUCGACGCAAACCCACAAAUGGGCGGGUCCUGGAGAUAAUUUGCUUGGAGGCUGUGAUUGGUUCUCCUCGUCACCUGACCCAGAUAUAAGGACUGCCCCAAACACUCAAUGAUGCCAUGAUUGGGCCAUCGCGUGUGACUCUAUAGUUUG